AUGGAUAAAUAUCGUGCGGACAUCGCCUGUCUACAAGAGACCAAACAAAAAUCUGGAAUGGACCUAACCUAUGGAAAUUACCGAAUGAUCUUUUUACUCUCCGACUGCAGACACUAUGGACAAGGUUCUGUGAUUCACAAGAGGCUCGGUGUCAAACGCUGGUGGAGAAUUACAGAUAGGAUUUCAGCAAUCCAAGUACAAAUCGGCGGUAAAGGCAGGCCUAAUGCAGUCGCAACGGUCAUUAACGUAUACGCCCCGCAUAGUGCCAGAAUCGUCAACGCUCCUGAAGAAAUCGAUGAAUUCUAUGAGGUACUGACCCGGACAUACCUAUCCUUACAAUCGUCUACCCUCCUGCUCGUCGUCGGCGACUGGAACGCCAAGGCUGGCAUCCGUCGAGGCACUGAAACUUUUAUUGGACGGCACGGAAGAGGAUAUAGAAACCUCCCAGGAGCCCUAUUGGCUAAUUUCUGUAAAACACUCGGGCUAUUCCUAUGCAACACGGCCUUUGAUCACCCUGCUCGGCACAAGUCUACCUGGACUGGCAGGAGACGUGGUGAAGACGGGAACUAUGUGCCGAUCUACAACCAAAUUGACUACAUUGUGUGUCGCCAAAGAGACACAUGGGUUCUACAAGACUCUCGUUCUUAUGGGGGCUCGGUCGUUGACAGUGACCACAAGAUAGUCAUCGGCAGAUUCAAUCUGAAGAAAUUAUAUGUGCUGGACAAAACAAAUCGUCAAUUCCCUCAUAAAUCGGACAGAUACUUGACAGAAAAACUGGCUUCCUCACUAUCGACUCGAAACCUCUAUAAAUCAUCCAUCGAUGAAUCCCUUAAAAACAUGGAAUCUGAACUUAUGCCUUCAGCCGCUUGGAAGGUAAUGUCAGCCAACAUUCACUCGGCGGCAAAUAAAUAUGUUGGAAAGCAGCCAAAAAUACGCACUCUAUCGGGCUGUGUCACCCGGAUGCUCUUGCCUUGUCAGUUGUGCAAAAGGAGCUUAAGCUGA